AGCAGAUAAAACUUCAAACACGAUGUAUUCACGUCCGCCUAAUAACAUAGAGUUUGUCAAACAGUUAGUCAAAAGACUUUAUAAUUAUGAAGUGAAACAAAUUAAAGAACUCAAUGGCGCUGACGAUAGGAACUACUAUUUGGUUACAAAUCAUGAAAAAGAGUUUGUCCUCAAGAUUACAAACACUGUAGAGGGAAGUGUGCCUGGACUUUUAGAUGCUGUCAAUUCAUUUAUACUAUUCUUACACAACAAUGGGUUUAGAGUUAGUGUCCCUCAAGUGAACACAAAUGGAAAAUACUUAUCGUAUGAAGAGAUACCAUCACCAGAUGGACAGUCAGUACACGAAUCACCUUUGAAUACGGCAUAUGGGGUCAGACUAUUGGAGUUUAUAAGUGGGAAGCUGUUAAGGGAUGUGCCGUUUACUCCUCAAUUACUCACAGAAUGUGGUCAAGUGUUGGCUCACAUGACUAUAGCUAUUCAGACAUUUGAGAGCCAAGUGAUAAGUAAAAGCCGACCGGAUUGGUCUCUUCUAAACGUGUUAGCCGUCAGACAAUAUAUAGACGCCGUUCAAAAUCAAGAGGACAGGGAUGUAGUGUCGGCCACUUUAGACGAGUUUGAGCGCACAGUUAUGCCAAUUCUGGAUGAGUUGGAAACAAACUUAAUUCACGGCGAUUUCAAUGAGAUGAAUAUCAUUGUCCACAAGAAUCCUAAUGAACAUCCAGAUAAUGAAUAUCACGUGAAGGGAGUCAUAGACUUCGGUGACAUUCACUACGCGCCCAGA